UAAAAUAAAGAAUUAAUACGGCCUUUUCAAACAAACUAAACGUAGUGCUUAAAUUCUCUUUGUUUUCAAAUAUAAUCUGAUGGUUAGCAAGUGAAAUUUCAUAUAACUAUUCAGAAUGGCUACGAGUAAUUUAAAAUUAUUGUGUGGCGUUCUGAGUAGAAUGAGGUUAGGGAUUGAUAAUGUAAUUAUACGAUCAAAUGCUAAUUAUAAACCUCCUAAAUAUCGUCCACCGUACUGGUAUAUGCCCAAAGAAAGAGUGCUGAGUGAAGAUCAUUUAACUCAAGAAAACCGUCAGUUUCUUGAGGAAGUUAUCCAGGAUAGACUUAGCGCACAAGCUAAUAUAGAGUCUCCUUUAGCACAAGUCAAUGUUGAGAAAUCUGCUCAGUGGACUCCUCAAACCAGGAGAGUUGGAGUCAUUGCCCGAAAAAUAGGCAAUUACCCUCUAUGGUCAAAAGAUGGAAAAAAAAUGCAUACCACAUUAUUACAGGUUGUCGAUAACCAUGUUAUAAAGUACAUUCCUCCAGAAGAAUUCAAACCGAUGAAGACUACAGAAGUAAUGUGGAAAGAAAAACGAAGAUUAGGCUGCCUGCUCGUUGGAUCAGAGACUGUAGAUCCUAGCAUUGUAACAAAAGAAUACUGUGGUCUCUUCAACAGUGUAGGAAUGUUGCCAAAACGCCACCUUUGUAGAUUCAUGGUGUCACCUGAAGCUACUUUGCCAACAGGCACACCUUUAUUUGCUACACAUUUUAGAGUUGGAGAUUAUGUUGAUAUUAGAGCUAAAACCAUGGAUCGUGGUUUCCAAGGCGUGAUGAAACGUUGGGGCUUCAAAGGUAUGCCUGCUUCCCAUGGUGUCACAAAAACCCACAGAAGACCAGGGAACAUUGGAGCAGGUGGUGAGAAGGCUAGAGUUUGGCCAGGUACCAAAAUGCCUGGACAUAUGGGUAACAGUUGGCGAAUAUUGCGCGGCGUAAAAAUUCUUCGUAUGAACACAAAACAUAACGUUAUGUGGAUGUUGGGUGUGGGUAUUCCCGGUGAAACCGGUGCAAUGUGUUAUGUUUUCGACACAGUACUUCCUCAUAAAAAAUUAAAUACUGCUCCUCCAUUCCCUACAUAUCCUCCCUCAGAUGACCUCCCUCUUGAGUACUAUGAUGACGCAAUUCAUCCAUUUGAAGAACCAACAAUUUCAUAUGAAGAAUCUUAAAGUCAAUGUAAAUAAACAUGAUUAGAUGUAUUUAUUACUGUAUAUGUAUUUGGGUCAAAUAAAAUUGUCAAUAAUGUACUGGAAGGAAAACUUAGAUAUUUAUCAAAUUAGUUUAUUGCUUUCCAUGAUUUUCAAUUUCAUUAUUAACACACAUUGUGAGCUGAUAAUGCACAUUCAACAAAUUGUACUAUACCUAGCAAAUACACUUACACAUUACAUAAUAAGAGUCA